AUGCCCCGGCCUGGCGUUGGCCGCUCCCCGGGCUGCAGGGGCGGGCGCCCGGCCCUCGGGCUCCCAGCCUGUGGAGGUCGGGUCGGCGCCGCGGCCGUGCCGCCCUUCCCCGCCGCACUCCCUGCCCGUCGGCACCCGCCUCUGUCCCCGGGGCCCGGCCGAAGCUCAAAGAAGAAAGGACUGAGUGUAGAAGAAAAGAGAGUUCGUAUGAUGCAAAUAUUUUUUGAAACAAAAGAUGUAUUUCAAUUAAAAGAUGUGGAGAAGAUAGCUUCCAAAGAGAAAGGCAUUACUGCUACGUCAGUGAAAGAAGUUCUUCAAAGUUUAGUUGAUGAUGGUAUGGUUGACUGUGAGAAGAUUGGAACUUCUAAUUAUUAUUGGGCAUUUCCAAGUAAAGCUCUUCAUACCAGGAAACGUAAGUUGGAGGUUCUGGAAUCUCAGUUGUCUGAGGGAAGGCAAAAGCACGCAAACCUCCAGAAAAGCAUUGAGAAAGCUAAAAUUGGCCGACAUGAGACAGAAGAGCGAACCAUGCUGGCAAAAGAGCUUUCUUCUCUUCGGGAGCAAAGGGAGCAACUAAAGGCAGAAGUAGAAAAAUACAAAGAAUGCAACGCACAAGUUGUAGAAGAAAUGCGUCAAGCAAAUAAAAUAGCCAGAGAAGCUGCUAACAGAUGGACUGAUAACAUAUUUGCCAUAAAAUCUUGGGCCAAAAGAAAAUUUGGGUUUGAAGGAAAAAAAAUUGAUGAAAAUUUUGGAAUUCCAGAAGACUUUGACUACAUAGACUAA